CACUCCACACAACUAUCCUAUGCGGAAACAUAGCAUGGAAACGCGGUGCAAAGGGGAGUGACUCCCGGUGGCUACAGGAUAGCAAAAAUGGUAGGCAUCCACAAACACAUUUCAACAAACACUCAUCAUGUCUUUCCUGGAGGGGGAAGGUAGCCAAGAUGUGCCGAAAGCUGAUGUGCCGUCUCCGUUCGCUGAUCAUGACCACAUGUCGAAACGGCCGGUGCCGCACAGGCAAAAAAUGGCCAGCGGAAACAAAACGAGGCGCUUGGGUUGUGGGAAGCACGAGCGAUAUCAAUCGAGAUGCAUGGCUUGAAGUCGACAAUAGACGCACUUGGUUUACCAGUGUCGAAAGGCAAAAGCUUGUGGCCCGCAACGGGGGGCCCAUGACAACUGCAGGCGGAUACGACGGAUGUUAUCCCCUACACUGCUACAACAUGCUUUUGGGCAGAAACACGCAGACGGAAUGCAACACAUCGGAGGCCACAAAGACAGUGGGCAAGGUUAGUGCGCAAAACAGAGCAAGCGGGACGACACGGCCAUCUCACCACUUUAGCUGUCAGCUAGCCAACAAAGAGAAGCAGACGCUGGCUAGCACGGAAAGCCUUGCGCGCAGUGACAUUGGACGAGCAGCAGCAGCAGCAGUUCUUCGAGAGGGAAAAACGAGUAGUGUGCGAAGAGGGGUGCUGAGGGGAUGAGGAGAGAGAAGAGAGUCUCCAACCUGGCACUAUUUAUAACAUCCGCGGGGUGCAAGCAAGCACAUGCCCAGUCAGCUGAUAUCAGUGAUGGGAAUUUUUAGCAGUGAGAAUGUUUGUUUCAGCGACACCCACACUGGUGACAGUGAGGACAGUAGCGGGCAGAUGUCUUCCCGCCUGUCACUCUCGACAUUACUGGGCCAACUCUUUGCAUAUGGCCCA